AUGAGGUUAUCAGUAUUCAUAAAUAUUAAAUAUCAAUGUAGCAACCCCGGAUGUUCAUCUUCUAUCAUCGUUCCUGAGCCGAGCUUGAGAAACUGUCAAUUCACUUGUUUAGCUGAUGCACAAUGUCGUACAUUUACUUUUGAUGAAAACAGUAAUCAGUGUGAAUUAUUUUCUGAUAUUCCAAGUCAAUAUGGGAAUCUGUUAGCACAAGCAGGUGUUACAACCAUGACCACCAUAGAUGACAGACAAUUAAUUGAUUGUGCAUCUGGAAAUUUGCUUUGGAAUACUACAGGAAUCACUGUACUCAAUUCAUCACAAUUAAUAUCAGCCGCGGGUAUAUAUGUUGACUUAAACAAUACUUUGUAUGUUGCGGAUGUGAAUAAUCAUGUUAUAUGGAAAUUAUUGAGCAAUGCCGUGAAUGCAACGAUUGUAGCUGGAACGUACCAGACAUCGGGAACUAGUAGCACUCAACUUAAUUGGCCUCAAGAUGUUUAUACUGACAGACAUGGAAAUGUAUAUGUAAGCGAUUGGUACAAUCACCGUGUGCAAAAGUAUCAAAACGGAUCAACAAUUGGAAAAACUAUUGCUGGUAUAACUAAUACACGCGGAUCUGCAUUAAACCAAUUGAAUCUUCCUCUAAUGUUUACUUUUGAUUCAACAGAUACAUACAUGUAUAUCGUUGAUCAUGAUAAUGAGCGUAUUAUUCGCUUUCCGACGAAUUCAACUUCAGGCGUCAGUGGUACAAUUAUAGCUGGUGGAAAUGGACCAAACAACACGAACACAUCAUUAAAUUCUCCCUUUGGUGUUCAUUAUUUACCAUCUGUAAGUACUGAUCUGUUUAUAACAAACAAUGAUGGACAUUCAGUGAUACGUUGGACACCAGGUGCUCCAUCAGGUGUUUUUGUGGCAGAGGGCGAUACAAGUACACCAAAUGUACCAGGUUCCACUUCUACUCUCUUAUAUGGCCCAGUGGGUAUUAAAAUUGAUAGUUAUUUGAAUAUGUAUGUUGUUGAUAGAGGCAAUAAUAGAAUACAGAUGUUCUGUGCCAAUAGUCAAAUCGGGAUCACGAUAGCGGGUGGUUCAAGUGGCAAUGGUCCACAACAAUUCAAUCAACCAUAUGGCAUUGCAUUCGAUGCAAAAAUGAAUAUGUAUAUUGGUGAUAAUCAGAACGCGCGUGUUCAGAAAUUUCUCAAACUCUAA